GCUUCUCUCACAGGUCUCAGGGGCGUGUGUGUCCGCUUGUGCAAUGAGGCCCCUAUCCACAGCCAGCGCUCUAGAAUGACGACCCGGGGAACCUGGACCUCGCCGACACGUUUCCGUAUCGCGCUGCAUCUCCGGCUUCGGCUCGAUGCACCCGACACCUACCAUCACCCCGCUUCCUCUUCAAGUGGCUUCAGCGCCUUUCUUCCUACAUGCUUUAAUCCCAGCUCGUCCCUCUCUCGCUCACCGACUCUCUCUCUCUUACACACACAAGCGCACACAAACACAACCUCCUCCCCCACCGCUGCAGUGUGUCUCAGCUGACUCAGAGCUACCAGGAGAGAGGAAGUAGCGCACAGACGACAAUAAGAAAGGGAGCGAUUUUGAAACAGAGACAGAAGCUGAUAGAGAGAGAGCGAGGAAAAGAGGAUAGAGGGAGAGAGAGAGAGGGGGGGGUAGAGUCAGCGCACUGAGGAUGCGAGCGAAUCAGUCCUGAACGGGCGCCGAGCAGCUCGGCUCUCCCUGGCGAAGGUUUUAUGAGCCACAGCGCGCCGUGCCGCCGAUGGACAGAGGACGCUGAACGGAUGCAGCCAACAUCAGUAAAGACAGAAGAGCGUGGGGGGGCAGAGUGUAAGCAGAAAGACACUGGCAAGAACGCUUGUUGAGACGGAGGAGCACCUCAUCUCCACGGAAACCAGAAGCCUAAGAGGUUGAAGGGGGAGGGGGACAAAGAUUCGGAGCACUGGGACGGAUGAGUCCUCCUACAGAGCGCCAGACCAGUGCUGGGGGGGAGCAUGAGGGAGGGGAGUGAGAGGUCUCUCUCGUAGCCACAAGCCACCGUUCAUUAUAGCCACGACCCGGCUGCACAGUAACAGGGAGGGGGAGAGUGAAGUGACGUCUCGCCAACAGGACACACCACGCUAGCCGUCCUCCGCCCUGCCCAGGUGGGGCUGUUAUCAUCUCACCCUGAUAACUACAAUAAGUAUCAUCCCACCUCAGAAGGUCUUUUUUUCCCUCUUUUCUACGGAGCCGAGUGAAUCCAGAGUGGGUGUGGGGGGAAAAGAAGAGCAGCCCCCCACCCCCGCAGAAAAGUGACAAAUCUCUCAUCUCCCUGUCUCUCCAACUUAGUUCUUGAAUUUUUCUUUGUACAUUUUUGGGUUUUACCCACCACCUAACCUUCGCCAUUGGCCACUUGCACUCCCUUUCUGCCUCCCCAAAGAGGAGCAUCAUGGGGUGUCGGCAGAGCUCGGAGGAGAAGGAGGCAGCCCGGCGCUCUCGCCGCAUCGACCGGCACCUGCGCUCGGAGAGCCAGCGGCAGCGACGCGAGAUCAAGCUGCUCCUGCUGGGAACGAGCAAUUCCGGCAAAAGCACCAUUGUCAAGCAAAUGAAGAUUAUCCACAGCGGAGGCUUCAACUUGGAGGCCUGCAAGGAGUACAAGCCACUCAUUCUGUACAAUGCCAUCGAUUCGCUGACACGCAUCAUCCGUGCCAUGACCGCCCUCAAGAUUGACUUCCACAAUCCAGACCGGGGCUACGAUGCAGUGCAGCUCUUUGCCCUGACAGGCCCGGCCGAGAGCAAGGGCGAGAUCACGCCGGAGCUCUUGGGCGUAAUGAAGCGCCUCUGGGCGGACUCGGGCGUACAGGAGUGUUUCUGCCGCUCCAACGAGUACCACCUGGAGGAUAACACCGCCUACUAUCUCAACGACCUGGACCGCAUUGCUGGCGCAGAGUAUAUCCCCACAGUGGAGGACAUCCUGCGCUCCCGUGACAUGACCACCGGCAUCGUGGAAAACAAGUUCACCUUCAAGGAGCUCACCUUCAAAAUGGUGGACGUGGGAGGCCAGCGUUCGGAACGGAAGAAGUGGAUCCACUGCUUCGAGGGCGUGACUGCCAUCAUCUUCUGUGUUGAACUUAGUGGCUACGACCUCAAGCUCUAUGAGGACAACCAGACGAGUCGCAUGGCAGAGAGCCUUCGUCUCUUUGACUCCAUCUGCAACAACAACUGGUUCAUCAACACUUCGCUCAUCCUCUUCCUCAACAAGAAGGACCUGCUGGCAGAGAAGAUCAAGCGCAUCCCGCUCACCGUCUGCUUCCCCGACUAUAAAGGCCAGAACAGCUACGAGGAAGCGGCCGUCUACAUCCAGCGCCAGUUCGAGGACCUGAACCGCAACAAAGAGACCAAGGAGAUCUACUCGCACUUCACCUGCGCCACAGACACCAGCAACAUCCAGUUUGUGUUUGAUGCCGUUACGGACGUCAUCAUCCAAAACAAUCUCAAGUACAUCGGGCUCUGCUAGAACUGCAUCCACUCCCGGCGGGUGGGGGGGGGGGCAACCCCAGGCCGCAGAGGGGGCAACAACAGUGGGAGGAAGGGCAGGGGGGCAUCGAGUGCGGUUUUCUUGCUUGUCAGUGAAUGGUACAAAGUGUGUGAGCAUCUGAGGGCUGACGAUCAAGUCAUCAGUACAGUAUCACGUAUUAUAUGAAGCAAAAGCACACACACACACACACACACACACACACACACACACACACACACACACACACACACACACACACACACAGGCGCACAGAUUUCCUCACACUCUAGGAUCUGGAAUUAAUAGUGAAGUACCUGUUUUGUUCAAGCGAUAGCAGCUGGACUGAUGCCUUCUUGUUGACCGCAGCUCAGGCACAGGUGUCCACAGGACCCCUUUGCAGCAGUUACACUGGUUCAUUUGUCACCUGGCAGUUUGGGUCACCUGACUAAAUCAAUGCUGCACUGGGGGAAAAAAAAGCAAGAAUUUUUUUUUUUUGACCUCUCGUCGGAACACGAAGACCGAGGUGGAAGAAGUCCGUUUGUAUAAAAACAGAACUCCAGUAAACAGUGUCUGAGGUUUCCAGCGCUGAAGCAGAAUUUUGUCCUGAAAGGCUAAAACUGCCACAAUCCAAAAAAAAAGAGAUAUGCAACACACAGUGACAUUCUUUUGGAUUGCUUUGGGUUGAAAGGCUGUGAAGAACACUGGUAUUUAAGUAAGACUUGUACUUAUUUUUAUUUGUUUUCAUCACUGAUGUUUGUCUGUUAUUCACGAAAUUGUAGAUGUACAUCAGACAUGCCUUUUAUUUUGAGUUUAGUUUGAUUUCCCGAGGGCCUCAUCUAGUACAUUCUUCAAACACACACACACACACACACACACACACACACACACAAGCAGAAGUGCCAAUUUCUGUGUAUAUAAGGAACCACACAAACAGUUGUCAUGCUAAUUUUUUAUUGAAUGAGACAGAAAAAAAAAAGCAUGCAUGAUUUAUAUUUGGGAUUUUUAAACCUUUUGAUUUGAGUCGUUCCAGUUUACCUUGUGAUAAAUUGUCCCCAAAGGAAUAAUGUCAAAAGCAGACAUUGCAGCAUCAUAGAGCUGUAUAAAAAGGUAUAUAUUGUGUGGAUGUUUGUGGAGUGGAGCUGGCCACUUGGGCAGGACAGAGGCACAGGACAGCAGUGGUUUCAAACAAAACUGCCCGUUAAAUGGCAGUAAAGGCAAAUUGAAAUGGGUAUAUGGGCCCUUUAAAAUAAUAACAGAACAAUGAAAAAAGAAGGUGAAGUGGCAGUGAAAGCCCAAAAACUGUCCAACAAAAGUUCUUCAGUAAGCCUCAAGCCCAGGGACUCACUGACUGCCUGCCUGUUUUCCCAGUUUCUCAGAGCUCUUUCCGUCCGCAGACCAGCUGCCUGCAGUCCUGGCCUUCGCUGUUCACAUAUGGUCGGCAGCUGGUCUUCUCCGUUUCGGGACUCGGCACAGAGGGCAUUACUGAGCUGCCCAUCAGGGCCAGUCCCACCCCGUGCCAUAGCUUCCCCUCCCAUCAUCUCACAACUGGUAUUGGCCACUUUGUUAUUUAUGCAUAAAUAUAUACACAUAA